ACUGCGACUUUUAAGGUACUUAAAAAAUCGUCGUUCGCGUUGACAAAGCUGUUGGCUCUUUGUGGAAAGCGACGGAAUUGACGGGAAAUUGUAAUGAUUGAAAGCAAGCUUGUGAAACAAUCAAGUGUUCGUAGAAAUGAAUUGCAAUGGAGAGUCGUCUUUGGAUGGUAAACGUAGGGUCAAUUCUUACAUGGAUAGCAAACCUAUCGUCACCAAUGCUGGAGAUGAAGAAUUAUUUUCUACUUUGGAGAACAGUUUGCUUCAAGCUAUUCCUGAGAGCACGGUCGAGUGGCGUAGGUCAUUUGGCAGACCUAUUAAACAGGUUAAACUCGGAGCAUCUUUUGUAUCAUUUUCAAGAGAUAUCUUGCCCAAUGAAAAAGAUUGGCAUCUCAUAAAUCAGCCAGUAUUACACAUUUAUUGGAGUGAAUGUACUGAUAUUGACGCUUAUAAAACAAGUGUGAGAGAUGACAUAGAUGCUUGGUUGAAAAUAUUAUCUUCUUAUCACAUUCAAGACUGGAUGAUCGUUAUAGUGGAAACAUAUGAUCCAAAAAAAAGUACCAAAUUAUUACCUAGAACUACUGUUUUAGAUAAGAUUAGAAGUGACUUUGCUUCAAAAGCUGGUGAUAGAUGCUUUGCUGUAAUAAAUCCUAUUAAAUAUAAAUCUCGUUCGACGGAAACUUGGAGAGGAUUAAUCGGACGUAUUCGUCAUUUGAUGCUUACCGCGUAUGACAAAACUCUUUCUCGAUUCGAGGAUAUUAUAAGAGAACAGAGAGAAAGUCGGAAUCUUCCUGGUUGGAACUUUUGCCAUUAUUUUCUUUUACAGGAAGAACUUGCAUUUGUGUUGCAAAUGUUGGGUUUAUACGACGAAGCGUUGGUACAAUAUGAUGAAUUGGAUGCUCUCUUUACACAAUUCGUAUUAAAUUCUAAUGUAGGAGAUACACCAGCUUGGCUGAAUUUAUUCCAAACACCUCUUAAUAAUUGGGCUGGUGUAAAUUUAAGUAAUGGCGUUAAUCAUCAUUUAAGAUUUCUCUUAGCCGAAUGCAAAGCGUCAUUGCUGGAUUUUAGAAGUUAUUUAUUUAGCAGACAAUGUUCUAUGCUUUUGUUGCUUAAAAAGCCAUGGGAGGUUGCACAGCGAUGCUUAUCUUUUAUUCACAAUACACUGAGCGAAUUACAAAUUCUAGAAAUUCAACGACCAGAAGGAUCUGUUGAGUGUUGGGCUUUUUUGUGUGCAUUAGAAGUGUUGCAAGCAUGUCAAUUAUCAGCUUAUAGCAUAGAUAACAAUCAACAGUUGGAUCUUUGCUCUUUACAUACCGCGAGUUUAUGGGCCCUUGCACGGGAUAAGUUAGGAGCAUUAGGAAAAUUAUGUGGUCUCAUGCCUGGUAGCGAACCAACUAGCGAACAACUCCACACAGUUGUUUACCUUAUAGCAGGUAUGGGAGAUUCAGAACCACAGAAGGAAGGAAAAGCAACUCCGAUAGAUAAAUUGAAGGAAGCGUUAUCGUCUAAAGAAGUUUUUAAAAAACAAUACUUAGAGCAUGCAGAGUUAGCUAUGGGUACUUAUAAACAUGUUGGACGCAUAAGAUCAGCUAGAUUAAUAGGCAAAGAAUUAGCGAGAUUCUAUGGUGAAUUAGGAGAAAAUCAGAAAGCUGUAGCAUUUUUAUCUGAUGCUUUGAAAACAUAUAUGGAUGAAGGAUGGUAUCAUCUAGCAGCACAAACACAAUUAGAAUUAGCACAAUGUUAUAAAAGAAUGGACGACGUAGAGAAAUAUAUAGAGAUCUGUGCUGCGAUUUCUUGUACCAAUAUACUUCAUAUUACUGUACGUAAUACAUAUUUUGAAGAAAUGUUAGGAUAUAUGAAGAUGUUAACUUUGCCACAGCCAUUACUCACAGAAUUUGGACACUCUUUUAUAAUACUCAGUAUGGAAGUUAACGUAAUGGACAAAGUAGUGCAAGAUUGUGUAGUUAAUAUUGUGAUUAGUGUACAAAGUUUGUUUCCUAGAGAAAUAAAAUGUACAGGUGCAUAUAUUUCUGUUGAAGAAGUUCAAAAACCUUUGGCUCCAAAUAAAAAAAAAGGUUCAAAAGUGGCAGCAGAGCCACCAAUACAAUUGUUGUCAAGUUGUACUAUAGAAGAUAUGAAGCCACUUGAUCCAAGUCUAGCAUUAUUACAAGUAUAUUCCUACUUGAAUUGUAAAGAAGACAAAAGUAUAGGUUCUGCUAGUGUUAUGUAUAAAAAUAUUAAGCCUGUGGUACGACGUUCAGAUAGCGCUAAACAUAGAAAAGCUUCGAUAAAUAUGAAAGGUGACUUUAGCAAAUCGUUAUCGUGUGCUGAAUUUGUUAUGAAACCAGGUAUAAAUAUAUUUACAUUGACCAGGCGGGUUGAUUGUCCUGGAUUUUACAAAGUUGGUCAAUUGUCACUUGUUAUUGAAGAGAAAUUAGAAUUUUUAUCCCCAAUUCUAAAUCCACGACUAUGCUAUGAAGUUGCAAAAACCCAACCAGUAAUUUCUUUGAAAUGUGGAAGAGAUCUAUUGGCUGGGCUUAUUCAAGAUAUAGAAUUAGUUAUAUCAACUGGAAGUAUGAGGAUAACACAAGAAAUGAAAUUAAAAUUACGUGCAUCUAGAGGAUUAAUGAUACAAUUAAAUGACGCGGAAGCAGUAAUGAUUAAAGAAUUAGAAACGCCACUGCCAUCGUGUGAACCAUUUCAAACGAUAAAAUUGGGAUUAAAAGUUUUAGCAGAGCUCCCACCCAAAAAAGAUCCUUCUUCUAUGGAGCAUAAACUUAGCGUGCAAUGUCCAUGGGGUACAGAAGAGAGUAUCCUUUUGCACUUUGGUCCACCUUUAAUGACAAAUAUGAAAUUGCAUACUGCUAAGCAGAGAAAAUUCGUUCAAAUAAUUGUUACAGGGUUAACAAGUCGACUUUUACAAUUAUCUGAUCCUCAUUUGGCAUCAAAUACAUCAAUGGAUUUAAAUUUUAAAAGUUUAAAUCCAACUGCUGGUCAACAGUUAGUGGUAGGUAGUGGAAUGAAUGUAUCAUUUAUGUGGGAAGUUGAAGUUGGCAAAGAUGAGAAAGCUACAGUACCCAUUAAGACUGAUUUUCGUGUAAAAUAUGUACCAAUUAAUGACACCGAAGAAACAAGUAAUACUUGUCUAAAUGACGAUCCUUUACAUAUACAUAAUUUGCAAAAAAUAGAAAAAGCUUCUAGUGUAUAUAGGUGUAAUUUCGAUGUCACAGAUUAUGUGACAUUAUUUACAGUCUCCUCAAGGGUUGAAGCGGGCGGAGGUGGAGGAGAAUUUUGCCGUGCUGGUAGUAUGUGUCAUCUUUAUCUUACAGUGACACGUAUGUUGUAUACUCCUAAUCCUAAUCCUCCACCUCAACUAAUGUAUGAGGUAUUAGCAGAUCAAACUAUGUGGGCCGUUUGUGGCCGAACUGCAGGAAUCAUUUCAUUAGAAAUUGUAGAAAAACAGAGCGUUACGUUAGAUGUUAUGCCUCUAACCAGCGGUUAUUUACCUUUACCCGUUGUUAGAUUGUCUCGAUAUAUUCCUGCAGUAGAAAGUAAGUCAGAUGUCACGCGUAAAGGUGACGUAACUUCAGGUCCGAGACUGGAACCAUUCAGUCCAGGGCAAGUGUAUAAUGCUAGUAAAGCUCAACAAGUACAUGUUUUACCUGCAGCACCUUCAGAAUCUAAUUAAGUUUCGAAGCUAUUCUUAAAGCCAUACUAUACAACUUGGUUUCAAAGAAUAUGUUCUCAUUAGUGUGAUCAGUAUAGUAAAUUUAAAAGUUAUUUUGAAAGGCAAUUUCUAGUCCUCAUUGUCUUCUCAUGCAAACUUUUCUUGGUAUAAAGGAUUAAUACUUUUACUUGAAUGAGACUUGAUUACAACUAAAUUAAUAAUAGACACAACUUCCUCUCUCUCUCUCUCUCUCUCUCUCUCUCUCUCUCUCUCUCUCUCUUUCUCUAGACUGUACCAUGAUCGAUCUUCAUUCAGCAUUUUCUUUUUUGCUUUACUUAUAAAAUCCUAUUAAAAAACAAAGUAAUAAUGUGACAAUAGACAACCACAAACGUAAGAAGAAAAAGUUCUUUAUUUAUACCGUGAUAAUGAAAUAGAAUUAAUAUUAGAUUAAUAGAUUCGUACGACAAAAAUUGUAAACAAAAUUGAAUAUUUACAUUAUAUUAAGAUAUAUUUAAUGUCUUAUGAAAAAAUCUUUUUAUUUUUAAUUUAUAUACGUUCAAUGAUAACUUUUUUGUUUUUUGAUAAAUUUCAAAUGAUGAUAAUAUUAUUUCAUCCAACCACAUUUAUAAUAUUUGUUUUUUAAAAGAAUUACUCUGUUGAGCUAUGUAUUAUAAUAUGAUGCCAUACUUAUUACAUAGCAUAAGAAAGUAAAGAAUUUGUAUGACGCAUUAAGAAGAGAACGAUCGGUAUGAAAUUUAUUUUUAUUAGGUAAUUGUGAGAUAAUGUCGGAAAAUGAAGAUCUAUGAUUUUAAUUUGAAUUUGAGGAAAACAAAUAAUUCCUAGGUAUAACAAAUUUUGUAGUAUUUUCAUAUUUUUAACUUUUAUCGUACUAUUACUGCAAAGAAGUGAAUUUAAUAUCGAUUGUCCACUUUGAUGUUAAUAUGGAAAGAAUUAGAGUAUAAUUCUGAAUGAAAUGUUUACCAUUUAGAUAUAUGGUACCUGUGCUCUAAAAUAUAAAACUGUUUUAUAGUUUUUUAUUGAAUAAUGUAUAUUAUCUGCAUCAAUCAUGAUAGUUACAUUCUUAAUCCAAUAAGUGCUUCUUCGCAAUUUGCCCUAAAUAUUGAUCUAAAAACUCAUUAAAUAUAAUCUGUACACAUGACAUCGAAUAUUUUCGAGGAUCGAUAAAAGCAGUGUGUAUACGCGCGUAUAUGUGUGACAAAAAUAUGAUAAAAAUUAACGUUGAAAAAGAUAGAAGUAUCUGUAUAUUCUUACUUUCGUGCCAAUAUAGGAAUUUUUCACUUUAAUUACACAUAGAUUUUGUAUCACAUUGUUUAAUUAUAGUUCUUUUUGUUUAUUUUUACAAAUGUUUAAAACUUUGUGAUAUUUAUAAUGAUCUUUUUUAUUUACUAGCAAUUCAACUUUUAGAAGAAUAGAGUAUUGAAGUAUAAUGAAUUAUAUUAUUAACUUUAUCUUUACAAGAAAAAAAUUAAUUGUGUUUUUACUUUAUAUCGAAAAAUAUAAAUUAUGAAGAAAAGUAAUAGAGCAGUAGUGCCUAUUAGAAAAUGUAUAGAAGUGAUGUAUUAUUAAUAGUGCUAAAAUAUUAAUUUUACUAAAUUAUCCAGUUAUUGGCCAGUGAUAAAAAAAAAUAGAAUCACGUUUAUACAACUGUAACAUUCUAAUUUUACACAACAAACUGUUUACUCAACUCAGAUAUGGCCUUAAUAUAUUAAGUUCACACAAAUAUAUAGAAUCUUUUUUAGAAUACCCUGCAUUUGAUUGACCGAUAUUAAUUUACGUAAUAAUUAAAAUCAGAUUAUUGAAAAUUAACAUUAUUGUAAUAACUGUAUUAAAAAGCAUGAAUUAUAUGUAUAUUUCUGCAAAUGCAACUCAAAUUAUAUGUGCGUGCGUGCGUGUGUGUGUAUGUAUAUAUUAUAUAUAUAUAUAUAUAUAUAUAUAUAUAUAUAUAUAUAUAUAUAUAUGAGUUAUAGAAAUAGUUAAUAAAUUGAGAUAUAAAUUUUGUAUUAGUUUGAAUUAAAUGAGCAGUUUUUGUAAUGAGAGAUAAGAUUACAUGAAUGUAAGCUCAGAUAUUUAAUUAAAAAUCAGUAUCUUGGUAUCUUUCACUGCACUUAUAGUUAUUAUAAAUAUGUAAAAAAAAGAA